CGGGUCGAACAACUUGCUGUGCUGUAAAAUUCCAUAGUUUUCUCUGUUUGUUUGUACAGAAAUGAGAAGUUUGUUGUUAAAAUAGGGAAUUCCUUUUACAACUUAUUGCCAUCGGAUUAAUCAUCCAUUUGUGCAGUUGCUCAAUUCAAGUAGCAAAUCAUUGUGUCAAGCCAUCCGGCAACAGUUUUUCUGACUCAUCCUCCUCAUCAUGUGGAAAUCAACGGCAGGCCGCGAUAUUGAUACAACCGCUGUUAACCAAGGAGCCGAAGAUGACGACUGGGAAACGGAUCCGGAUUUUGUGAACGACGUUAGUGAACAGGAGCAACGAUGGGGCUCGAAAACUAUCGAAGGCAGUGGCCGCAAUGCAGCCGCCAUCGAUAUGCAACAACUGCGCGAGGAAACGGAACGGGCCGAUGCGGAUAAGAAGCGCAAAGAUGGGCCAAAAGCUUCACACGGGUAUGGUGGCAAGUUUGGAGUGGAAAAAGACCGGAUGGAUAAAUCUGCCGUCGGUCACGAACACAUCGAGAAGGUGGAGAAGCACGCUUCCCAAAAGGAUUACGUAUCCGGAUUCGGGGGUAAGUUCGGGGUACAGAAGGAUCGCGUCGAUAAAUCUGCCCUCGGCUGGGACCAUGUAGAGAAAGUGGACAAGCACGAGUCACAGAAAGAUUACAAGACGGGCUUCGGUGGCAAGUUUGGUGUGCAACAGGAUCGUCAAGAUAAAUCGGCCGUCGGAUGGGAUCAUAUGGAGGCGCCACAGAAACACGAAAGCCAGCUCGAUCACAAAGUGGGCUUCGGAGGAAAGUUUGGCGUGCAGACCGAUCGAAAGGAUAAAUCAGCCUUUGGCUGGGAUCAUGUGGAGAAACCACAAAUGCACGAAAGCCAGCUCGAUCACAAAAUUGGCUUCGGUGGAAAGUUUGGAGUACAAAAUGAUAGGAUGGAUAAAUCAGCAGUUGGGUUCCAGGAGCAAGAUAAGAUCGGUACUAACUACACGAAAGUGAAGCCAGACAUUGGAUCCGCCAAGCCGUCGAAUUUGCGUGCGAAGUUUGAAAACUUUGCCGCCACUGCUGAAGAAGAGGCACGGAAACGUGCCGAAGAGCAAAAACGUUUGCGCGAGGAAAAGGAUCGACGUGAUCGGGAAGAAGCUGCGAAACGUGUUAAUUAUUCGGCAGAAGCAACGGAACCGAAAAAACCGGAACGGAAAGGUCCUAUAAAUACAGGGAGGGAAGCUGGUGUCAGCAGCGCUAUCAACAAUUUCAACAAACCACAAGAAAAUGCAUCAUUCGAAAAGUCAAGAAAGGACCCAAUAGUGCUACCGAAGGAAGAAGAAACACGCAAGCUGGUGCAACCAGACGUGAUUCCAGCCUCUGAGUCUACUCCAGAGUUGGUAGUAGCAGUUGAGCAACCCGAAACAGCGUCAGAACUCAACACGCAAGAGCCAGCACCAGUUGCACGUACAUCUUACAGCGCCACACCGGUUGCAGUUGCCGAAAGAGAGCAAGCUACAACUACAGUAAGUUCCACAGGCCAAGAACCGGUGGCGGAAGUUGAACCGCCUGUGCAAGAAGAUGUGGAGGAGUUCAUUCUGUCUCCGGACAAUCCGGGUAUUCAAGCCAUUGCUUUGUACGACUAUCAAGCCGCUGCGGAUGAUGAAAUAUCCUUUGAUCCGGACGAUAAGAUAACGCAUAUCGAAAUGAUCGAUGAAGGCUGGUGGCGGGGAUGGUGCAACAAUAAAUAUGGACUUUUUCCGGCAAAUUACGUACAGUUGCUACAAUGAAUCGUGCUCAAAAUCAUUGUUCAACGGCACAAUUGUGUAUCUGCAAUAGCAUAGUUGGUAGGCAUUUAUAGCAUUUAUAUUUUUCAAUAUUCAUUUGACAUCAGUUCUUUUACUAUCAAACCGUGUACGACGUAUUUUCAUCCAAAUGGAUGAAAUUACAUUCCUUUUAUAUUCAUAUGUGUUUCGAUAUGUAACAAUGUUCUUCCGUAUCGUAGUAUCAUUUUAUUAAGUAGGAAAGUGAAGUUGGAGGUGCGCUAAAUUGUGCUUUGAUAGUGGGAAUUUAUAUUCUUUCAGAUUGGUUUUUGAUUCACUCUAUUAUAUCUUGUGCGAUGUACUCAGUUGAGAACAUGAUGCCAACGAAUACGAGAGAACCUGCCAAAAACAGAUAAUUGGUACAUCUGCUAAUAAACUCUUGUACGUUGUGUUCUAAUCGUUGAAAAGUUCUACGGAUGGAAAAUGGAAUCCGUUUUAAUCGAAGUAGUUACAUAAUAAAGUAGAUUAAAGCUGAAGGGUACUAACGUCUUGUUAAAUUAAAUCCCAAG